AUGAUUGGCACGCCGCUCAAUCCCAGAGAGGCUUCCCUCAUCCCCUGCAAGUCCCUGCUCCACAAAUCACACGGCGACGGUGCAGGAUCCGGUGACUUUGCCAUAUAUCACAGCCUGUGUGUCCUCCAGGUGUCAAUCUCACUAAAAAAGGUGGAGUUGAGCGUUGGAGAGUCCAAGUUUUUCACAUGCACAGUGAUUGGGGAGCCUGUGAGUCUGGACUGGUAUAACCCGCAGGGGGAGCGGAUGGUCCCGUCUCAGCGGGUGGCCUUGCACAAUGAAGGUUUUCGUUCCAGACUCACCCUCUACAAUGCCAAAAUAGAAGAUGCUGGCAUCUACCGGUGCCAGGCCAGCGACGCACAGGGACAUACACAGGAGGCCACUGUGGUGCUGGAAAUCUACCAGAAGCUGACGUUCAGAGAUGUGAGGUCUCCUCAGGAGUUUCGACAGGGUGAUGUGGCUGAAGUGGUCUGUGAUGUCAGCAGCUCCCCCGUACCUGUGGUCUCUUGGUUUUAUAACAAUGUGGAGAUCAUCGAAGACACUGAGAAGUUUCAACUCCUCCAAAACAACAAUUUGCAAGUCCAGAGAGUUACUAAAGCAGAUGAAGGAGUGUAUCGCUGCGAGGCCAGAGUUGAGGCCAGGGGAGAGAUCGACUUCCGGGACAUCAUCCUGGUGGUUAACGUUCCGCCGGUCGUCUCUGUGCCACAGCAGUCUUUUAAUGCUACUGCGGACUAUGGAGAAUCUGUGACCUUCACCUGCCGGGCCUACGGCUCACCUGAACCUGAUAUUACUUGGCACAGGAAGGGAGUGCAGCUCCAGGAAUCGGAGCAGUAUGUAAUGAGAGCUCGAGGUACGACGCUCACAGUUCGAAACAUUCAGCAUGACGAUGGGGGCUCCUACACCUGCAAAGCCUCUAACAAGGCAGGAGAAGUUGAGCACGAACUGUUUCUCAAGGUUUUUGGUGAGGACACCUUUUUUUAUUGGGUUAGUUCAUCCCUGACUGCCGGACCAGCUGACGAUGACACCAGCCCCACUCCAUACCCAGAGCCCAGCCAACCAUCACCCCACUGCACGGAAUCCCAGAGCCCACCACAGACGGAGAGCCAAAGUCCGCCGCAACGAGCCAUUGCAAGAAAGAGCGACAGAGCUGAGGAUCGUCCCAGAGCCAGAUCCUCACCGAUCGUCUGA